UAUCUUGGUUUGGAGUAAACUUGCGUUAUCGGAAAUAUUCUGGCUAUCAAUAUCUAUUCAAAUUGUGUCAGAUUUUUUAAUUCCACAGGUACCAGGAACAGGUACCCUAUUGUUUUCUAAACUAUACUUCUUAGGUUGUUUCUUCUAAGUUUGCAUCUUCGACAAUAAAAUCCGUUGAUCUUAGAAUUUUUUAAAAAAUUGUUUUGAAUUUAAGAAAAUUUUACAACGAGUAAACGAUAUCUCCCAAAUGAAAUCUGGCACGGCGCUGAUGCAUGUUGUUGUACUCAAUAUCUAUUUUGGUGGUUCUGUUUUCUUGCUGCAACUUCUUAUUUUUAAAACACUGUUGAACAAACCUAAUCUGCUAACAAAAAGUCUCAUUCCCUGUAUUAUUCUGAUUUAAGUGAUAAUUUGUGGUAUUUAUAGGAACACUAUCUCUAUUUAAGAUGUAAACGCCAAAAAACCAACCAAUCCGAUAACCUGGCAUAACCUGACUUAUAGUUUGAAAAAAAACACUGACUGAAUCAAAUAAAUCAUAAGUAACCAUCCAUUUAUGUUCAUAACACAGCAAAUAAAAUGACUGUUACUACACCUCACCAUACCCUUGAGAUUAUAAACGUGGUCAGCAAUGGUAAUGAUUCUACGAAAACAUUACUGGCUGGUUGCAUCAGGACUAAUUCUACCCCCCAAAAAAAAUCGUUCGAAACACUCGAUGGGCAAUUUGGGCACCGCGAUUUAAUGACUGUAGCGUUAUAUGUCGAAAUAAUGCUGGCCAAAAUUCUUUAGAAAAAUAGUUGAAAGCAUGUAAAGAGAAAGAUUUCUACAUUUGUUUGCUCUGUGAACUGACAACUCUUACAAAUCCAUGCAUUUGUAUACUUUGACAAAAAAUAACUUCUCUCUGAAACACUGAACACGAAACGUGGUAAUACGUCAAAUACUAUCAAGAGUAGUAGUGAUAAACCAAUGAUAACCAGAACAUCAGCCAUCUAACUGGAUGGAUGUUUUGGCCAAAUGACCGAAGUUAUUGUCGAAUGAUACCAAGAAAACAACAUCCUAAUUGUUCAUGUGCCAAGAAACAUGACAAAAUAUUAUUAACCGCUUGAUCACUGUGAAUGGGUUGCAAAUGAUUUCAAGGACAAGUUUAACGAGUGGUAUUCAAAUCAGAUAGCAAAAAGAUUAGCAGACGGCGUUGAAUUAAAUGAUAUGCAAGUCAAGCUUCUAUUAUCUAUUUUAAAGCCUCUUCAUGCUGGUGGAAUCAUUGAGUUUUACAAUGAAAUGACUCCCAGCAAAGGCGUUACUAUUAUCAAAAGUGACCGAAAAGCUUCUGGGUUACAGAUGCUGCAGAUCUUGGUAUACAGAAGUUGCCUUCAAUCGGUCUAUUUGAUAAAUCGAUCCAAUGAUAGGUGACGAGAUACCUUACGUCUAACUGCUAUAGCCAGCUUGACAAUGGAAGAGCUUACCUUGCCAGCAUGGAGAAACGAAAUCGGGUGUGAUGAGAGUAGCGAUAAAGAAGGUUGUGAUUGGUUCAAUCCAAGUGAGGGUAAAAGAAACGUUUUUGACAUUUGUGUUUAUAUAAUGUCAUUUUUUAAUUUUGUAUAGUAGUUGUUAAAAGUUUUUCAAACUGUUAAAAUUUAACUUUUAUUUUUUGCUUGAACAUUUCAAAAAAUCCUGGAAAUUUAUCAUUGGCGAAAGUUUAUCCUCGCGAAAUGCCAAAAAUUCGCUGUUCGCGAAAGUUUAUACAAAAGUACAAAAUUCUACCGCUGAUUCCCUGCUCAUUUGGGCUGCUGACGUUUGAAUUCGGAUACAUCUUGGAGGGCGUUAAACUUCCUAACAUAAAAAAACCAAUUUGCCUCCGCACCCCUCAUUCCCUGGAAAUUUUGCCUUUGUGAUAUAAGAAAAGACGAAAAAAAUUCUUUUCUAUCCUUGAAAGGAAAAGUGUACCCCAAAUUGAACGUUCCCGCGCAAUGUCAAAAACUCGAACCCAAUCAGUGAUUAAUUGUAUUUAAUGGGAAAAGUUCGUUAUACAUUAAUAUUUUUCGGAUUUGCGCAAAUGCACCCAAGUGCUUAUUCCCAAACAGCAGCUUUCCCAUAUAAAUUUAUGUUGGCUUGAUGAUCAAAUAUGUAUAAUGCAAAACCAUCAGAGCUAUUGUAUUUAUAAGAAAAGCUUUGUUUUAAACGACGGUACCACUAACACUUUUAAAUAUUGACUUUGGUAAUAUCUGUAUAAACCUGGUCUGAAUGUGCCCUGGACAUGUACUAAAAUAAAGUUGAAAAGAGGCAUGAGAACGAGGUUGAUGUCCUAGAAGCUGAGGCAGGCAUCAAAAACCAUAACAUGAAAGAUGGCGGCGGAUAUUGAAACAGGAAAUUGGAAUCUAAAUGCUGACAGUUCACCGCCAAGUUAUGGUAAUGAUGAACCACCAGCCUAUGACAGUGUGGCAGAUCGUCCUCCAACAUAUGAAAGUAUAUUUGGAGAAGUAAGACAGGCGAGAGAAGAAUCGUCAGGGACUGUUGACUUUUUAAAAAAGGUGGCAAUUCUGUUUAUCUCAACAAUUGGAUGCACAAUCUGUUUAGCAAUAUUUCUUGCUAUACCUAUUGCUUGUAUUGUAAUUGGCGUAAAGUUUAAAGAUGAUUGUCCUGUUGAAAAAUAUAUACCCAUCUAUUUGAUCGUUUUGGGUGCAUUUGGUGUCCUGCGGAAUAUUGUUGGUUUGUACUCACAGGUAAAGAAAAGGUCCGAAGGAUCCGAUUCGGAUGACGAUGAUUCCAAAAAAUCUCUAUGCGAGCGCACUAUUGACUGUUUUUUAAUUGGCUGGUUUAUUGCUGGUAAUGUAUGGAUAUAUUCCGUAUAUGAACCGAGUUCUGAUCCCACGAAACAUAACUAUUGUGAUCAGACAUUGUAUUUAUUUGCUUUUUGGUUAACAACGGCGUCCUAUAUUUUCAUUGGAUUUGUUUGUUGCUGCAUGUGCUGUGUAGCGUUUUGUUCAAUUUUGAUGGAAUAGAUUUUUUGUUUGUUUUGUAUCAUAUCGCGCAGCAACGAAUUUCGUUUCUUAAAUUUCCCAUAUUUUAAUACAUUCUGUUUUGUAAAUAAGUAUAUUCAUAUACUUAUUGGCUUUCAGUGUAGUCAAACAUAAAUAAAAAACAACAAAUACAUACAUAAUAUUUUUAUAUUUUUAUCGUUGAUAACAUUAGAACGAGAUUAAACAUUAAGGAUCUGAUACCUAUCCUUAAUGUUUGAAAGCAUUCAGGCUGAACCUAAAAUGUUUUUCACUGACUCUUCUAAUAAAAUAAAAAGCGUCGUUUUCUUUGUCUUCUCAAAUCGCGAACUAAAAAAAAAAACAUUGAGAAGAAAUUAGAACAAUUUUGCUUUAAAUGUAAUUAAUUUAUUGCUUUUUUGGUGAUUUCGGUGUUUAGACAUCAGAUAGUAAUCCCUUAUAAAUAAAGUAGGGUUAACGGAGGCAACAAGCUUGUUUGCCUUGUUUACGUCAGUCAUAAGAAUUUUUGUAUUUUUAGAUGCAUGAUUUAGUUUUUAAAAAUAAUUUGUCGAAUUAAAAUUGGCUAAAGGCGUGAAACAGAAUAUUUUGAUUGGUUAUUCUGCUAUCUUUUAUUGUGAUGAUAUUUUUUAUUUCCUUCUAACAAAUGGGAACACUUUAAACGAGAAAACUUGUCAACCAAUCAGAAAUUAUCAAUAAAUUUUUUUCCGUCACUUUCUGCUGGCAUAAUUAUGCAUGUAUUUUUCUUCCAUUUUUGUCUUCUAUAUUUAUAAUGAUGUCUGGCUGUCUCUGAGCGAGUAUUCUCGACCCCAAAGCUCUUUACCUUCAAAGUUUUAUCUCAAAAAAAAUCUGGGGACGAGAAUGAGCUGCAAAUAGAUACGGGUGAUUUCCGUGAAUUUUCCGACGGACUGACGACUGUUUCUUGAUAUGUGCUUUCUUAUAAAACGAAGCAGUGUUAUAUCAAACUCCUAUUGUACAUUAUAGUAGAUUGUUAUAAAAUUUUACAAAGUUUCUGUGUUGUUGUACAAGAUAUAUUUGAAUUAUAAUUUUUUUUUU